UUGGCAGAAGGUUUCACAGUGGACACCAGCAAGGACCUGGAGACUUAAAGCUUGAGGACAAGGAUAAAAGAAGGUUUAAGGCUGGAGCAAUGAGAGUGGGAGCUGCAGCCUUGGCUGGGGGGAUUUUUGGGAUAGUCGGGACCCUAUGCUUCCUCUUGGCCUUUGGUACAGACUACUGGCUAGUAGCCAGUGACAACUGUGGACCAUAUACACGGCCCAGUCAUACUACACGGGACAAAGAUGCCAAUUGGACAGAGACCCAUUUAGAGGAAGCAAUGACGGUUUCUCCUCCGUCUCUCACUCUGCACCACGAGGGCUUUUUCUGGCGCUGUGUGUUUCAGGUGGAGCCCACAACACACGCGGUCCUGGCAACUCUCUUCACAAACCAGCCAGAAUCCAAAGUGUGUAUCCAUGGUUACCUCUUCCCCCUGCCAGUUGCACUUGGACAAGUUCCCCAUCCAAUUUAUGAUGCCACGGCAGUGUUUCGGGGUUUCUGGACCGUCCUGAUAAUCUUCGGGCUGGUCUCAGCUCUUGCUGGAGGCUUCCUCUUGGUGUGUGGUGUUCCUUUCAUCAGCCACAAACUCUACAAGCUGGGCGGGGCUUUCCUCCUCUCUGCUGCCUGCUUGUUUCUGCUCAUGCUUCUGCUCUACAUACUGUGGAUAGAAGUGGUGGACGUGAAGAGCUACAUUCUGCAGGAAAGGGGAGAAAAAUGUCGAAGCCCACAGGUUUCAGUGCUUUACGGGCUGUCGUUCAUGGUAGCUGCAGCUGGUGUGCCUCUGGAGCUCAUCUCUGGGUUGGUCUUCGUGUUUGUGGGUCGUGCGCUGGGUGCCAGCAAAUGAGGUGGUCACAUGGUCAGUGGAAGAGCGUAAAAAUGACCUUUUAAUGUCUUGCACUGGGACUCAUCUGCACAUUUGUGGGACAUAAGAGUGUCAAUUAGAAGUUGUUUAAAUAUAAGGUAAAAGAAAGUUUACCCAUUGUAAAUUCAAGGGUUUUUAAGGAACAUUAGUAUCAUCAGGUUCUUACUAGGUCUUAAAAUUAGGUACAUUUAGUGCAUACAUACAAAAAUGUCAAAGAAACAAAGACAAAAUGCAGAAGCAGGGUGUGUACAACUAAAGUGACCCCGUAAUUCAGAGGCUUUUUAAACCAGCUUCAACUGCAAUAAUUAUUUUCUAUAUGAUGUUAUCCCUCUCUAAAUUUACAGUGUUGCCCUAGUUCAUUCAGGUUUAUUUAAUUUAUGCUCAGCUCUCUAAAGGUCCCAACACAACUUUUCAAUCAGGUUGAAGUCUGAAGUUUGACUGGAUCACUGCACAACCUUGAGUCUUUUCUUUUUCAGUCAUUGUGUUGCAGAUUAGCUGCUGUGCAUUACUGUCCUGUUGCAAUUCAGUUUCAUUCAAGCUUUAGCUGUCUCACAAAUCACCUCACAUGUGACUCUACAAUACGUCAGCAUUCAAAGGAGUUAAUGGUCGACUCAAUAACUGCAAGGUGUCCAGAUCUGAUAUGUUGUUCCCCAAUGUGUUGCUGUGCGUUAUGGCCACACAUCUCCACUUUGGCUUUGUCUGUCCAAACCAGAUUGUUCCAGAAAUCUUGUGGCUUAUUUAGAUGUAACUUUGCAAAAUUAAGCUGUACUGUCAUGUUUGUUUUGCAACUAUUUCAAACAAAAUGUUAACUGAGCCCUGUAGGGUAUGAGAUGUAGCUCUUGGGUGUUUUCCAAGUUCCCUUAUCAUUGUAUUUUCUAGAACAGGGAUAGGCAAAGUCGGCCCUCAAGACCGCAGUCCUGCUGGUUUGGGAUAUUUCCUGCUGCGGUACUCCUGAAUCAGAUAAAUGGGUCACAUGUUUGAGCAGAACUUGACAACAAGCUGUUGAAGAGAGCCAUUUAAUUUGAAUCAGGUGUGUUGGAGCAGGGAAAUCUGCAGGACUACGGCCCUUGACUGGAGUUGCCCAUCCCUGCUCUUUAGUGAUGAGCUCCAAAUGGUUUGGAUUUAUAACCUCUGCCAGUUUGAUGGGCAGCAACAGCUGCUUCUCUAAGAUGACUGAUUAUAUCUGUUCUCCUGGGUAUUGCAUCAGCACACUCCUGAAUACUCCAAAACAGCAAAUUGUCACAACUGUAUCAUGACAGAGGUGAUUACGUAAUAAAAGUAAACUUAGUUUUUUCACACUCAGCUUCUGCAUCUUGGCUCAUUUUUUGUAAAAUAAAUUAUCCAAUGCAAUAAGCCAAUUGUAUUUAUCACAUUUUAAAACCUGGUAAGAACAACAUUAUUUUUAUUAAUUUAUUAACCUUAGGUUUGACAAAAUGUGUAAUUUCAUUCUCGCAUGACUGUACACUCAUCAUGGACAUUAACUACAUGGCCACACUGGGCUGUCAGUUUUUGUUUUGUUUUUAUGACUUUUUGCAGGAGCAAAAUUAUUACACAUCUAUCUUUUAUAUAAAUAAAAAUAAUAUGGGUUGCAGGUUUUCCAGCUUCAACAACAAUUACACGCACACAAAAGUCCACAUGCACCCACUUCGACUGCAGACACCUUGAUGAAGCCUCUAAUUCAGUGUUUCUCAAUCCUGGUCCUCAGGGACCACUGCCCUGCUUGUUUUAGUUCUGUCACACUCCAGUACACCUGAUUCAGAUUAACUGAACUGCUUGUCAAGUUCUUUGCAAGCCUGCUAAAGAGCCAAUCAUUUGAGUCAGGUGUCUUAAAGAUGGACACCUCUAAAACAUGCAGGGCAGUGGUCCCCGAGGACCAGGAUUGAGAAACACUGCUCUAAUUCCUAUCAGGGUUUCUUGGCUGACUGCAACUAGUAUCUCUGCCAACAUAAAAAUGGUGUUUUUAACAGCAUUAGUUGUAAUACCAAGAGAAUCAGUGCAGAUCUAAGAAGAGAAUCGGAGAUUUAUGCUGGUCAGAAAUAUCCUUUGGACCCAUUUCUAAACAACCAAGAAUAUCUGGUCAGAAUAUAAGUACAGUUACGGGGAAGUGGAUUCACUUUGACGAGGUCUAGAGGUAGGUCUUUUCUGAUAUGCAUAGUAUUGUAGCCUUUUACAUCCUGAUUUUUUUGGAAGGUUGGUUUUUUAAGACAGAAGCUCCCGCUCUAAAAUCCACAUCCUUAAGGUGGGCUGAAGGUUAGAGUUGAAAAUAUGGAACAAAGAAAAAGUAUUUUAUAUUAUAGUCAUAUGAGAAUGAUUUGUUUGGCCACAUAUAGCAGAGGUAUGUUUGUAAGAGUAAAGAUAAGGGGUACAACUGAGGAAUAGGUAAUGGUUUUAAAAUUUUGAAUAGCUAUUUAGUUUUAAGAAAUCUAACCAUUUAGGUGACUACCACUUACUUUUUUUUUUUUUUUACUUUUCUUUAACUUUUUAUUUAUUUUUUUUUUAAACCCGCACUGGGUGGUCAUGUAUUUCUACCACCAUAAGGUGGUGUCUAUUUACCACGCUGUUUGCUAACCACCAGAAAUAAACAACAGAUGAACACUUCACUAUUCAACUCUGGUACAAAGUAAUGGUAAUGGAGUACAAAUAUAAAAAAUAUGUAGAUCAAAGACAACAACAAGCAAGACGUUCUGUGUGGAACACCUUAAAGAAAAUAAUCAACAAUGAGGUCCAGUGCUAACGUAACGUUAGCAUUUAUAAGUCUACCAUGACUACACCCAGUCAAAGGUCCAUUCACAAAUCAGCAGCUAGCGGCUAGCUUUUUACUAGACGAGUCAAGUUUAUAUGUGAAAAUCAAUAACUGAUCUCAUCUCAAAGAUGAUAGCUUAAAGCAUGCCUCCCAACAGUCUGGUAAAGCUGAAUGUUUUAAAAUUUUGAUGGCAUUUGUUGAGAUUGAGUUUAUAAUCCCUUCAAGAAAAACCUUCAGCACAUGAGUGAAGAAAUUGGUGAUACUGUAGGUGAGCUGUGCACUCAGCAAGAGCUGAACAGCUGUCUCUCAUCACAGAUUAACAACAAAGUCUUACAUAAGAAACACAGAAAUUAUGAAAAGCCCAAUUAAGUCUUGAAAUUUAUGUCCAAAAAAGUGUAUUUAAACUGUAAGAAUAAUGUAAAGAAAAGACCAAUGUUGAGUUGUAAAUCACUUGUUUUCCUCCAUUUCAAAAAAUAAAAUAAAAUAAAAUAAAAAAAAAAACAAAAAAGCCCACUAGAUAUUUAAAGGGAUAUUGUGUAAUAUUUUCUGUUGUUUACU